GGAAACAUAACCUUGGCAAGAGUAAAAAUUGACUGUUUUCAAAUGUAUUGUGCAGUAUUUUGUGUCAAUUAAUUGUUAAAUUUUCGGAGUUGUAGACGAAAUGAUGUGGAGAAUUUCAAAAAUGCAUUUUAAAUCUUUAAGAAAAAAAAAGAAAAAAGAUGGCUUGCUUUUUUACAGAAAGAGAGUAUAUUGUGAGGUAACUCGAUUAAAUUCGUUAUAAAUUUCAUCAGUUACAUCAUAUAACACCAACAUAUCGGAAAGAAUGUUUCUAAGAUGUUUACACGUGAUAAAAAUAAGAAAGAAUUCGCAAUAGUGCUGAUUCGUAAUAAUCAUGCUGAUAACGGGAAGCUGUUGAUGAACGUUUUCCGAUAUAUGAUCAUGUGACGCAUAACGAGUCGCCCUCGUCGACUCGUCAAGUUGUAUGAUUCCGUAGACGUCAGUGUUCCGGUUCGGUGAAGUUAAAUCGAGGUUAACUUUCGUUCAAAUUCAAAAAAAAAUCAAGGAGAUCACGAGAGAAAAUUAUUGCUAAAUGGCUCAUACAACGAGGCUGAUCGCAACGAGCGCUAAUUUAAGGAAUACUUGCAACUCUCUGUCAAUGGCUGUACGAUCCGCAAGCUCAUGGUGGUCUCAAGUAGAAAUGGGACCACCAGAUGCUAUUCUGGGAGUCACAGAAGCAUAUAAGAGAGACCAGAAUUCUAAGAAAAUUAACUUGGGUGCAGGUGCAUAUAGAGAUGAUAAUGGCAAGCCAUUUGUCCUUCCUAGUGUCCGUAAGGCAGAAGAAAAGAUAAAAAUUAAAGAAAUGGAUAAGGAGUAUUCUACAAUUGCUGGUAGUGCUGAGUUUUGCCAACACAGUAUUAAUCUAGCUUUAGGAGAUGGAAAUGAAGUUAUAGCAAAUGGACUGAAUGCUACAGUUCAAGGAAUUUCUGGCACUGGUUCUUUAUUUGUUGGGGCACAAUUUCUGUCUCAUCAUUUCCCAGGUAACAAGGAUAUAUACCUGCCAACUCCUUCCUGGGGAAAUCAUACUCCAUUAUUUAGACUCGCUGGGCUUACGGUUAAGUCGUAUCGUUAUUACGAUCCGAAGACCUGUGGUUUGGAUUUUCAAGGAGUGAUGGAAGAUAUAUCUAACAUUCCCGAAAGAUCGAUUAUCCUUCUGCAUGCUUGUGCUCAUAAUCCAACUGGCGUCGAUCCCAAACCAGAACAAUGGUCCGAGUUAUCUGCUUUGAUUAAGAAGAAAAACCUAUUUCCGUUUUUUGAUAUGGCGUAUCAAGGUUUUGCCUCAGGAGAUCUUACAAAAGAUGCUUUUGCGGUUAGAUCGUUCAUCAAGGAAGGCCACAAAGUUGCCUUAGCUCAAUCUUACGCGAAAAAUAUGGGUCUAUAUGGAGAACGUAUCGGAGCGUUUACAUUGGUGUGUGAUAGCAAAGAGGAGGCUGCACGGUGUCUAUCACAGUUAAAGAUUUUGAUUAGACCGAUGUACUCGAAUCCACCGAUUAAUGGUGCUAGAAUCGUGAACGAGAUCUUGGGCGAUUCGGAGCUGAGGAAGGAGUGGCUGCGCGAUGUGAAGGGUAUGGCUGAUCGCAUUAUCUCGGUUCGCACGAAGUUACGUGACAAUCUGAAGAAAAACGGCAGCACCCGCGACUGGUCGCACAUUACCGAUCAGAUCGGCAUGUUCUGCUACACUGGCCUCAAACCGAACGAAGUGGAGAGACUCACGAAAGAUUUUAGUAUUUAUCUGACCAAAGACGGUCGGAUUUCCAUGGCUGGUGUGACGUCGAAGAACAUAGAAUAUUUGGCGCAUGCCAUACAUGAGGUCACAAAGUAACUUGCAGUACGCUGAUCGUCGAUUAAAUGCGUACUGUUAUUAUCGAAGCCGCCUUAUAAUACUUACCUUGAUAAUAAUCUACAGUAUCUACAAAUCUAUUUUACAGUUUAUACACGAGCAUAUUCAAUAUCAUUUCAUAUUAAAGUCGUGAAUACAUAGGAAACUGUGCAGCACGUAUAUUUUGCGUUACGUACGCAAAUCAGUAGCGCAACUUGCGUUAUUAAGUAUCGAACAUUUGUUACAGCUAUAUUAUAUAUAUGUAUGUGUAUAUAUAUAUGUAUACAAGUACACAUAUGUAUACAUAUACAAGUAUAUGUA